CAGAAAGGACCAAAGAGCGCUGCAGCGAGUACCGUGAUCCAUGGGCCUGAAAAAUUCCCACCCCCAGCUGUUCCCGGGGGAUAUUGUGGAGUAUCCCAGGAACAAAUAUUUCUCUCAUUUCGGAGUGUACUACGGAGAGAGGGAUGGAGUUCCCUAUGUUGCUCACCUGACGUGUCGAGAUUCAGACACCAAGCUGAUGCUGUAUGGCCGAGCUCUGAGGUCAGAGGUCAAACUGGACCCCCUGGAGUUUCUGGGGAAGAAAUACAAGGUCAACAACAUGCUGGAUGAAUCGCACCCUCCGCGGGACUUCCACAACGUAGUGAAGCCCGCCAUCGAGGACAUGAUGGGCCGCGAGGUGACCUUUGACAUCCUGUUUCACAACAGCGAGCACCAGGCGACACUUUUCAGAUACGGAGUAAAGAAGUCUGAACAGAUUGAUGAGGUCUAUGAGCACAUCAUGCCGGCCUGGAAGAAACUGUUCAAGAAGAAAAUGCUGUGAGUUCACUGCUCAUCUCCACCACCAGAGGGCGUCGGUCUUCUCCAAAUCAGCUGUUUGGGCUGGAGUUUCAGGCUCACUCGAGAUUUCCACAACCAUAAAAAGGAGGAGGACGAAAUUUUUAAUGAAUUCUUCCCUAAUUAUCUCCAUUUUAUUGAUUUCUUCUUUCAGUCCUCCUUUCUUUCCUUAUAUCUUCACUUCUUUCAUCCUUCUUCCCUUCCUCUCCUGGUUAUUGUUUUCCUUUAGACCUCAUUUGUUCCUUCCCUCCAUCACUUUUACAUUCCCUCUCCUACCCUUCUUAUUUCCUUUCCUUGCUUCCCUCACCUUUUCCUUUAAAUCUUUCUCCAUCUCUGUAUUUCACCCCUUCCUCCCUUUCCUUAUUCUUUCCAUCCUCCUUCCUUCCUUCCUGCCAUCAGUUUAAUUAAUUUAUCCCUUCCCUCUCCAUCCCUUAAUCCUUCCUCCUCCCUUCCCUUUUACUAUCCCCCCUUCUCUACUUGCUUCCUUGUUUUCUUCCUUUCCCUUUUCCUUAUAUCCCUCCUUUCCUUUUAUCCACCCUCUCUUCACUACCUUCAUAAACCCACUUCCCUUCCUUCCUUUUGGAUUGCCUGUAAUUAAUUUCAUAUUACUGUUGUUACUAUUUUUUUUUAUUAAUAUGUAGGAAAUGUUUUUUGAACGUGCACAGAUUAUUUUAUUUUAUUAAUUUCAUUUACAGGAAAAACUACAAAAAAGGAAUGAUUUUGAAAAUGAAGUUGGGUAUUCUGGGAAAACAAUUACAGAAUUUAAAAAAAGACAUCAGACAGGAUUUUAAGAUGAUUUUAACUUUGUUUUGGCCCAGUUUAAAUUAAAUGUUUUUAUUCUAUGCACUCUUUUGUUAAAAUAUCAUAACCUUGCUCUGGACCUCUGAUAUUUCCCAUCAGUGGUUUUAAUCCUCUGGAACUGAGCAUCUUUGUCACUUUUUAGAGUAGUUUUUCCUCUGUUUUUGAACAUGUUUUCCUCCCUGCUGGUGGCCCACGGGUGCUUAUUUAUGAUCACAUCAGUUUCUUUCUGAUCACUUUCUCAGAUCCUUUCACAUCGGAGGCUCUUUCAGUUUUACUCACCCUUAAAACUGCCUGUGAGCGACCAAGUUGUUCUAAAUAAACUUUUACUUGCCACAAUGA